GCAGAGAAGCGAGUCCGCUCCAUCAGGGACCGUGUUGCGUUCCUCGGCAGCGCGCUGAAGACGCCGCCGCCGAGUCCCGGAGGUCCACCGGCCCCCGGCGCUACGGCAGAGUUCGUGGUCGUUACCAGGCCGACAGAGCUAGAUGCCGCAGAAGCUGAGCGCCUGGUGCGCGAGCUGAAGUCGCAGGGCAUCUGCUGCCGAAGGUUGAUCGUGAACCAGCUGAUCGAAGAGGGCAGCGGUGAGGCCUAUUGGAAAGCACGCGUGGAGUCGCAGGGGCAGGUGCUCUCUGAACUUCGAAGCGUUUGCUCCUCAAAGUCCUUGCCUCUCUAUGAGGUGGGUGACCGACCGGAAAACCUGGUGGGGCCGCCUGCGCUUGGGUAUCUGGCAUCGCUGGCUUUCGGGGAUGCUUCCGCCUUGCCCAAAACGCAGGUGACGCUGUUCGGUGGCAAAGGUGGUGUGGGCAAGCUUUUCGACAGCAUGAGAAUUCUCUAA